CAUCACUGCGCUAUCCACACUCCACAUUCGAUUUAAAGACCAGAAAGGCAAGAAAUCAGGCAGCCCACCACAAUUGACCAAAACAACUCGACCAAAGUGGGCAUGGCGCUUGUCGCAGAACCACCACCCGACGCCCCGCUUUUCCCGGAGAUCGAUAUGGGAGCAGAUUCCUCCGCACCAACCAUCCGAGCAACCGUCGUCCAGGCCUCCACGGUCUUCUAUGACACUCCGGCCACCCUUGAUAAGGCGGAGAGAUUAUUGGCAGAAGCAGCUGGUUACGGAUCCCAAUUGGUUGUGUUUCCUGAAGCAUUCGUUGGCGGUUACCCUCGUGGUUCCAGUUUUGGUGCUGCCAUUGGAAAUAGAACUCCCAAAGGCAGAGAAGAUUUCCGCAAGUAUCAUGCUUCAGCCAUUAAUGUCCCUGGCCCUGAAGUGGAUCGCUUGGCAGCUAUGGCUGGAAAGUAUAAAAUAUAUUUAGUAAUGGGUGUGAUAGAGAGGGAUGGAUAUACUCUUUAUUGCACUAUUCUGUUUUUUGAUUCUCAAGGUCAUUACCUGGGAAAGCACCGAAAACUUAUGCCCACCGCCACCGAGCGUAUUGUUUGGGGAUUCGGGGAUGGAUCAACAAUUCCUGUUCUUGACACUCCAAUUGGAAAAAUUGGAGGUGCUAUUUGCUGGGAAAAUAGAAUGCCUCUUCUAAGGACAGCAAUGUAUGGUAAAGGUGUUGAGAUAUACUGUGCACCAACUGCUGAUGCUAGAGACACUUGGCAAGCAACAAUGAAGCACAUUGCUCUGGAGGGUGGGUGUUUUGUGCUAUCUGCCAAUCAGUUCUGCCGAAGGAAAGAUUACCCUUCUCCUCCAGAGUAUAUAUUUUCCGGAAUAGAAGAAGACCUUACACCAGAUUCUGUUGUUUGUGCUGGAGGCAGUGUCAUUAUCUCACCCCUGGGGAAUGUUUUAUCAGGACCCAAUUAUGAUGAGGAGGCACUGAUCUCAGCAGACCUAGAUCUUGGAGAAAUAGCUCGUGCAAAGUUUGACUUUGAUGUGGUUGGGCAUUAUGCAAGGCCUGAAGUUCUAAGCUUGAAUGUAAGGGACCAUCCAACAAAUGCGGUUACCUUCACAUCAUCAGCAGCAAAAACUGAAGGCACUAAUAGAUAGUUGCCUUGCCAGCCAGAUUUUUCACAAAACGAAGCGACAACUUCAAUAAUAAUGGAAUUGGCACACCAUCUUCCUUAGAGUGAUUAAAGAUGUGAACGCUAUUGUGCCAGUUUUUUAUUGACAAGAGUCUUUCUUACUUGGAAAUAUUGCUUGUUCUUCUGGUUAUUGGAUGUACAUCGUGAUCACCAUAAAUAACCUAAAAAUGCAUAAUAAAAUUGCUCUUUCUCCUUUCUUUAUCAA